AUGGAUCAUGUAUGGGUGGAUUAUGGGUGGGGUGGAUUAUCGUGUCUGACCACACUGGGCCUCACUCAGACCACACUGGGGCCUCACUCAGACCACACUGGGCCUCACUCAGACCACACUGGGGCCUCACUCAGACCACACUGGGCCUCACUCAGACCACACUGGGGCCUCACUCAGACCACACUGGGGCCUCACUCAGACCACACUGGGGCCUCACUCAGACCACACUGGGCCUCACUCAGACCACACUGGGGCCUCACUCAGACCACACUGGGCCUCACUCAGACCACACUGGGGCCUCACUCAGACCACACUGGGCCUCACUCAGACCACACUGGGGCCUCACUCAGACCACACUGGGGCCUCACUCAGACCACACUUGGGGCCUCACUCAGACCACACUGGGGCCUCACUCAGACCACACUGGGCCUCACUCAGACCACACUGGGCCUCACUCAGACCACACUGGGACCUCACUCAGACCACACUGGGGCCUCACUCAGACCACACUGGGCCUCACUCAGACCACACUGGGGCCUCACUCAGACCACACUGGGCCUCACUCAGACCACACUGGGGCCUCACUCAGACCACACUGGGCCUCACUCAGACCACACUGGGGCCUCACUCAGACCACACUGGGGCCUCACUCAGACCACACUGGGGCCUCACUCAGACCACACUGGGGCCUCACUCAGACCACACUGGGGCCUCACUCAGACCACACUGGGGCCUCACUCAGACCACACUGGGGCCUCACACUGGGGCCUCACUCAGACCACACUGGGCCUCACUCAGACCACACUGGGGCCUCACUCAGACCACACUGGGCCUCACUCAGACCACACUGGGGCCUCACUCAGACCACACUGGGGCCUCACUCAGACCACACUGGGGCCUCACAGACCACACUGGGGCCUCACUCAGACCACACUGGGGCUCACUCAGACCACACUGGGGCCUCACUCAGACCACACUGGGGCCUCACUCAGACCACACUGGGCCUCACUCAGACCACACUGGGGCCUCACUCAGACCACACUGGGCCUCACUCAGACCACACUGGGGCUCACUCAGACCACACUGGGGCCUCACUCAGACCACACUGGGCCUCACUCAGACCACACUGGGGCCUCACGCACUGGGGCCUCACUCAGACCACACUGGGCCUCACUCAGACCACACUGGGGCCUCACUCAGACCACACUGGGGCCUCACUGGGGCCUCACUCAGACCUCACACUGGGGCCUCCACUGGGCCUCACUCAGACCACACUGGGGCCUCACUCAGACCACACUGGGGCCUCACUCAGACCACACUGGGCCUCACUCAGACCACACUGGGGCCUCACUCAGACCACACUGGGGCCUCACUCAGACCACACUGGGGCCUCACUCAGACCACACUGGGGCCUCACACUGGGGCCUCACUCAGACCACACUGGGGCCUCACACUGGGCCUCACUCAGACCACACUGGGGCCUCACUCACCCACUGGGGCCUCACUCAGACCACACUGGGCCUCUCAGACACACUGGGCCUCUCACUCAGACCACACUGGGCCUCACACUGGGGCCUCACUCAGACCACACUGGGGCCUCACUCAGACCACACUGGGGCCUCACACUGGGGCCUCACUCAGACCACACUGGGCCUCACUCAGACCACACUGGGGCCUCACUCUGACCACACUGGGGCCUCACACUGGGGCAUCACUCAGACCACACUGGGGCCUCACACUGGGGCCUCACUCAGACCACACUGGGGCCUCACACUGGGCCUCACUCAGACCACACUGGGGCCUCACUCAGACCACACUGGGGCCUCACUCAGACUACACUGGGGCUCACUCAGACCACACUGGGCCUCACACUGGGGCCUCACUCAGACCACACUGGGGCCUCACUCAGACCACACUGGGCCUCACUCAGACCACACUGGGACCUCACUCAGACCACACUGGGGCCUCACUCAGACAACACUGGGGCCUCACUCAGACCACACUGGGCCUCACUCAGGCCACACUGGGGCCUCACUCAAACCACACUGGGGCCGUACUCAGACCACACUGGGGCCUCACUCAGACCACACUGGGGCCUCACUCAGACCACACUGGGCCUCACUCAGACCACACUGGGGCCUCACUCAGACCACACUGGGGCCUCACUCAGACCACACUGGGGCCUCACUCAGACCACACUGGGGCCUCACUCAGACCAGACUGGGCCUCACUCCGACCACACUGGGGCCUCACUCAGACCACACUGGGCCUCACUCAGACCACACUGGGGCCUCACUCAGACCACACUGGGGCCUCACUCAGACCACACUGGGCCUCACUCAGACCACACUGGGGCCUCACUCAGACCACACUGGGCCUCACUCAGACCACACUGGGGCCUCACUCAGACCACACUGGGGGGGCCUCACUCAGACCACACUGGGGCCUCACUCUGACCACACUGGGGCCUCACACUGGGGCAUCACUCAGACCACACUGGGCCUCACACUCAGACCACACUGGGGCCUCACAACUGGGCCUCACUCAGACCACACUGGGGCCUCACUCAGACACACUGGGGCUCACUCAGACCACACUGGGCCUCAGACCACUGGGGCCUCACUCAGACCACACUGGGGCCUCACUCAGACCACACUGGGGCCUCACUCAGACCACACUGGGACCUCACUCAGACCACACUGGGGCCUCACUCAGACACACUGGGGCCUCACUCAGACCACACUGGGCCUCACUCAGACCACACUGGGGCCUCACUCAGACCACACUGGGGCCUCACUCAGACCACACUGGGCCUCACUCAGACCACACUGGGGCCUCACUCAGACCACACUGGGCCUCACUCAGACCACACUGGGCCUCACUCAGACCACACUGGGGCCUCACUCAGACCACACUGGGGCCUCACUCAGACACUGGGCUCAGACUGGGGCCUCACUCAGACCACACUGGGCCUCACUCCGACCACACUGGGGCCUCACUCAGACCACACUGGGCCUCACUCAGACCACACUGGGGCCUCACUCAGACCACACUGGGGCCUCACUCAGACCACACUGGGCCUCACUCAGACCACACUGGGGCCUCACUCAGACCACACUGGGCCUCACUCAGACCACACUGGGGCCUCACUCAGACCACACUGGGGCCUCACACUGGGGCCUCACUCAGACCACACUGGGCCUCACUCAGACCACACUGGGGCCUCACUCAGACCACACUGGGGCCUCACACUGGGGCCUCACUCAGACCACACUGGGGCCUCACUCAGACCACACUGGGCCUCACUCAGACCACACUGGGGCCUCACACAGGGGCCUCACUCAGACCACACUGGGGCCUCACUCAGACCACACUGGGGCCUCACUCAGACCACACUGGGCCUCACUCAGACCACACUGGGGCCUCACACUGGGCCUCACUCAGACCACACUGGGCCUCACUCAGACCACACUGUGCCUCACUCAGACCACACUGGGGCCUCACUCAGACACCACACUGGGCCUCACUCAGACCACACUGGGGCCUCACUCAGACCACACUGGGCCUCACUCAGACCACACUGGGGCCUCACUCAGACCACACUGGGGCCUCACUCAGACCACACUGGGGCCUCACUCAGACCACACUGGGCCUCAUUCAGACCACACUGGGGCCUCACACUGGGCCUCACUCAGACCACACUGGGCCUCACUCAGACCACACUGGGGCCUCACUCAGACCACACUGGGGCCACACUCAGACACCACACUGGGCCUCACUCAGACUACACUGGGCCUCACUCAGACCACACUGGGGCCUCACACUGGGGCCUCACUCAGACCACACUGGGGCCUCACUCAGACCACAGGGCCUCACUCAGACCACACUGGGCCUCACUCAGACCACACUGGGACCUCACUCAGACCACACUGGGGCCUCACUCAGAACACACUGGGCCUCACUCAGACCACACUGGGGCCUCACUCAGACCACACUGGGCCUCACUCAGACCACACUGGGGCCUCACUCAGACCACACUGGGCCUCACUCAGACCACACUGGGGCCUCACUCAGACCACACUGGGGCCUCACUCAGACCACACUGGGGCCUCACUCAGACCACACUGGGGCCUCACUCAGACCACACUGGGGCCUCACACUGGGGCCUCACUCAGACCACACUGGGGCCUCACACUGGGCCUCACUCAGACCACACUGGGGCCUCACACUGGGGCCUCACUCAGACCACACUGGGGCUCUCACACUGGGCCUCACUCAGACCACACUGGGGCCUCACACUGGGCCUCACUCAGACCACACUGGGCCUCACUCUGA